AUGCUGCUCCUUACCCUCUUUUGUGUAGCUUCUCUGAUCAGCAGCAUCAAUGCAGGUUUUUCUUCUCAAUUUUUUUUGUUCAGAAAUAACCAGCAGAGUGGAACUGCUAGUAGUCCUACAGGAUAUACACAUGUCGAGUGUGGCCUCCGACCAUCUUACGAGUCCUUUCUGGACACUGGCAAGAGGAUCACAGCAGGGAGAUACGCCAAGACUGGGGAGUUCCCGUGGCACGUGAGCAUCCAGAGCAACGGGAAACAUAUCUGCGGAGGCACCAUGAUCAGCGCAUUGUGGAUUUUAACUGCGGCCCAUUGCUUUGCGGAAGAGGUGCCACCAGAUCUCACUGUUGUAGUGGGGGGAACUGACCUCAGCCGACCGCUGGAACAGCAUAGGCCGGACAGCUUGAUCCUCCACGAAAACUUUGACAGAAUGAGCAUGCAAAAUGAUAUCGCUCUGAUCCUGCUCAGCAAUCCCAUUGAGUUCAGCAAUGAGAAAAUCCCCAUCUGCUUGCCCUUCAUAUAUGACAUCAAUACGUGGCAACACUGCUGGGUUGCUGGGUGGGGAACAACAAGUGCAGCGUCCCACGUGCUGCAGAAAGCGCGGAUGAAGCUCAUCAGCAGGGAGGAAUGCUUGGAGCGGAUCCCGCAGCUAGAGGAGAACAUGCUGUGUGCUGAGCUGGAGAAAGGAGAAAGAGGUGCCUGCCAGGUGGACAGCGGGGGACCUCUGGUUUGCAGCUACUGGAACACCAUGAAGUGGUUUCAGGUUGGCAUCGUCAGCUGGGGAGAAGAUUGUGCAGAAAAGCCAAACCAUGAGAUCUUAAUAUCUGUUUACAGCUACCGUGGCUGGAUCGAGACUGAAACAGCCAUAAGGGGGAAACCUUUCUUCAUUGAAGGCGUGGAUAACCAUGCAAAUGGCGAGGUGGUUCUUUCCAGGGCUGAGACACAGCUGGUGUUUCUUGAGUGUCGCCUCCUUUUAUUUAUCUCUUUAAUAGCAAUUAGAUUACUCUAG